AUGAGAAUAUUAGCUUAUGGAGUCUCUGGAGAUUUUGUAGAUGAAUACUUGCGAAUUGCAGAAAAUACAGCAACCGAGUGUUUGAAAAAAUUCGUUAAGGCUAUCAUUGGCAUAUUCUCCCAUGAAUACUUAAGAUCCCUAAAUGAGAACGAUAUAGCUAGAUUAUGCGCAGUUGGAGAUAGUCGUGGGUUUCCUGGGAUGUUAAAAAGUAUUGAUUGCAUGCAUUGGAAACGGAAAAAUUGUCCAAGUGCUUGGAAAGAAAUGUAUUAUGAUCAUAUUCACGAGCCAACUAUAAUUUUAGAAGUUGUAGCGUCAUAUGACCUCUCGAUAUGGCAUGCAUUUUUUGGAUUGCCAGGCUCCCAUAAUGAUAUUAAUGUCCUAGAACACUCUUCUGUUUUUAGAGAGCUUGCUGAAGGACAUGCUCCAAAGGUCAACUACUCAAUAAAUGGAAAUGACUAUUCGAUGGGCUACUAUCUUGCCGAUGGUAUAUAUCCUUCAUGGUCAACGUUUGUCAAAACAAUUCAUGCUCCACAUGGCCGUAAAAAUAAACAUUUUGCAGCAACUCAAGAAUCAUCAAGAAAAGAUGUAGAAUGA